UUUAGCAGACCGGAAGCAAGGACGUGACGUUAAACGUUGGCAUGCUAGGCUAACGUCACGUAGCUUAACUUCGGGUUGCCUGCAGGUCGUCUGUUGUCUCUGUGGACAGAAGGUCGUGAUGUCUCUCAGCGGCGUCCACGGAGCACUGUCUAACCUGAAGUUAUGUCAGGUCGACAUCGGGACGGGAAUGGACAUAGUGACAGAUGUUGCUAUGGACCUGGCGGAAGCGCAGGAUGAAGGGGGGAUGGCAGGCAUCAAGGAAAUUGAGGCCAUGGUUCUGGAGUGCGCCAAACUGGACAGAGAAAUUAACUGCUUUGUGGACAUUGUGCAACAAGUCACAGCUGAGGUCAGCACACAGCAGCCUGAGACCAUGGUCGACCUGUCGGCCAAAGUGAGGGAGCGGUUCACGGUGAAAAUAGCCAGGCUCUCUGACGCCGAGCUGUACAACCACCACAAAGUAGUGGCCUUCAAGGAAAGCAUCAAGAACUCUUCCGACCAAGCCAACCAAGAGUCAGCGGAGGCCACGGAGGAGUCUGAUGAAGAGAUCCGUGUCACGCAGAGCCAAGUCAACUUCAUCUGCCCACUCACACAGGUGGAAAUGCUGAAGCCGAUGAAGAAUAAGAAGUGUAACCACCACUAUGAUGAAGACGCCAUAAUGAGCCUUAUCAAAACCAAGCAAAAACAGAAGAAGAAGUGCCGCUGUCCUGUGGUGGGCUGUGGGAACGCAGACGUGAAACAGUCGGAUCUGAUUCCCGACCAGGUGCUGAGGAGAAGGAUCCAGAGCCAAAAGAGACACAGCAACCCCAUGUAGUGGGGUUUUCUUUUCGGGGGGGUCGAAUUGUUCAUAAAAGAACCUGUGCCCAUGAGCAUGUUGUUCACCUUAUUUCUAAGGCAAUUAUUUUCAUUGGUAUUCAGAUGAAGCAAGCUGUCAACUACAUAUUGCUGGUGUUGCUGAGAAUUUAAAAUGUUCUUUUCAGAUCUUGGUUCCUUUUGAAAAACCUCUGUACUGUGAUUCAUAAUUUAAUAAGUGAUGAUCCGUUUGUAUUUCAACUGGAGCUUUUUUGUACUCUUGUUUUGUGUAAAUAAAAGCUGCAGACGUUUUCAUUAA